CACUCUCCGUGGUCUCGCUGGUGACGGCGUCUCGUGUGCCUUUGUGUAGACUUCUCCGGUAAGAUGGCUGACCCGAGGCUGAGGCAGAUGAAGAUCAAGACCGGCGUGGUGAAGCGAUUGUCUAAAGAAAAAUGUAUGUAUGAAAAAGAAGCCAAACAACAAGAAGAAAAGGUAGAACGGAUGAAGACUGAAGGAGGAGAUGAAUAUGUGAUUAAAAAACAGAUUGAAGUAUUGCAGGAAUCUCGUAUGAUGGUCCCAGACUGCCAACGCAGGCUAGAAGCAGCAUACACAGAUCUUGUGCAAAUCCUAGAAAAUGAAAAAGAAUUGGAAGAGGCAGAAGAAUACAAGGAUGCCCGUGCCAUGCUGGACUCCGUGAAGUUAGAAGCAUAAAUACUCUCCAAAUUCCCCAUUUUUAUGCCUUGAUAUAAUUCCACUGUCCUAUCUCACAAUUGGGAAACUGAAUGCAAUUCCACAACCUAAAAGUACAGGACAUGUUUAAGAUUCCAGUUCUGUAGCGUCAGGAUCUUGAGAAUAAAUUGCUUUAUAUUCUAAA